UCAAACAAUUAUGAAUUAUCUUGGUGAAAAUGACAAUGAACAAUAUUGUAAAUUAUGUAACAAAAAUACUAAAAUUUAUACUUGUCCUAAAUGUGAGAUAGGUUAUUGUAGUUUAAGUUGUUAUAAAUCAGAAAAACAUUUAGAUUGUACAGAAAGUUUUUACAAGGAGUGCGUUGAAGAUGAACUUAAAUCUUCUCAAUAUGAUCCUGAAACUAAAAAAAAGAUGCUUAGUAUUCUUAAUAGGAUGCAUGAACAAAAUUUAGAAAAUGAUACGUUUCUAGAUAAUGAAGAUGAAGAAUUAGAUUCGGAUGAAGAAUUAGAUUCAGACGAUGAGACAAAUUUACCCGAUUUAGAGGAAAGAAUAAAAGGUAUAGAUUUGGAUAAUCCUGAUGAAAUAUGGGCAGUGUUAAGUAAUAAUGAGAAACAACAAUUUAAAGCUUUAGUAAAAAGCGGAGAAGCAUCUAAAUUGUUGCCACCAUGGAUACCAUGGUGGGUGAUUUAUAAAAAACCAUUGAUAGAAAGUUUAGAAACGACUGAAGAAACUAAACAAAACGAUAAACAUGAAAGAAAAUAUCCAGCGAUAAUAGAUGUUCAAUCAUUUAAUCAACAAAAGGUGGUUUCUUCAGAAAUAUUAUGUUGUACCAUCAUUAAUGUGAUUUAUGCUUAUACAUAUAUAGCACUUUAUUACAAUGGUGAUUAUUUAAACUUUGCGGAAGAAGCGAGUAAUAAUUUUCUUAGUAUCUGUGACACCAUGAGGAUAAACAAAAUAUUUGAUAAUGAAUUAUCUGCCCUUCAAUCUGUUAUGCAAAAUGUCAUGCAAAUAGAAUAUUUACCAAAAGAUGAUCGGACAUUGGAAGACUUUGUUGAGGCUGCUAUUUCUAUAAUAAGAAAUCCAGAAAAAGUAAAAGAUACAUUGCAUACAUGUGCCGCUCUUUCUGAACUUUGGCGAUUGUUAUCGACCGUGCGAAAAGAAAUAAAAAUUAAUAAGCAUAAAACAACGGAAGAACAAUUUUCAAAAAAAUCUACUCAACAUAACGAAGUAAAAAAUAGUAAUCUUUCAAGAAAAAUGUUAUUUGCGUGUAUGAAGAAAUUAGAAUUUUAUGUGUCAUGGAUCAAAUCUUACGGCAAAAAUAUAUUCACAUGAAAUGUACAAAUUUUUGUAAUAAAUAAAUUAAUUGUUAUGGAAA